ACAAGAUAAGAUAAGAUCCAUGAGUAAUAGGAGCACACUGCCUAUUCUUUAGUGUUGUUGUAGUUCCCAGGAGAGCAUACUAUCUGCUGCCUGAUUAGAGUUAUACUACAGCAGAAAAUGGCAUCGCAUGGUUCACCAGCUUGUUGCUCUGUGUCCUCCCUCAAAGUUGCCACCAUCGUCCUUGGCUCCAUAGGGCUUGUUCUCUGGCCCACUGCCAUUGGCUUCACCUGCGGCUAUGCCUUCUACGGUGUAAAUGGAUAUUACCCAACGCCAUUAGGAACAACAGCUUUAGCGAUCAUCCUCAUAGGAGUCAAUAUGGCUUACAUAUACCUGACUUCCCUCAUCAUCUUCAAACUCACAGGAAGCCGUCAGAUGACACCUGAAGUAAUCCAGUCGGUGCGGAGAAACACAGCCCGCUUGGUGGCCUUCCUGUUGAUCGGGUUUGCAGCGUGGGUGAAUAGUGUGGUGUGGUAUGCCAUGUACGGGGUUAACUGGGAUGGUUGGUUCGUCUACGUCACACUCUUUGGUUGCAGCUUCUCCUUCGUGUGGACCGUGGUGGUAGCAGGUGUGGCCGGGUCACUCACGCACAUGUAUCAACCGAUGUAUGAGCAGACACCCCGAGAACCUCCAAAGGAUUAUGAUCCUCAAGGCCGGUUCCGAAGGGAGGUUCCGACCAGGUAUGAGGGACAUGCUAGGGAAACCCAAUUUCCAACCCCAAAAGGAAAUCGGGGCGCUCCCCCUGACGGCCAUGUGUCUCCCUGGGCCGAUCAUAUGUAAUCACUUAGUUCACCUUCUCCCCUUCACGCUAAGCGCAGGAGCUUUUUACUAUUGUUAGAGCAUUCUCCGGAUGUGUUAUUUAGAUGAUUCUUUUUUCUUCUCUCUGUCACAUGUAUUUUAUCCUGGUUGCUCAUAAGAUAUUUUGUUGUAACUUAUUUAACUUACUAACAUGGAUGUUGAUGAUUGUAAAACGCAAAUUUCUAUCUCCUUCAUUUAUACAUCAUUAAUAAAUAUAUUUUUAAUAUUUUUAAUAUAGGUGAUAGAAACCACAACAUUAAUUGUAACGGCAAAAUGCUUAGAAAAAAGAUAAUAGUUUUUUUUUUAUAUAUCUUAUGAUUAACGUUGUUUCACCAAAUCGUAGACAAUAGCCGGAUUCCCUGUCUCGGCAUUUAACUGACCUAGAUAUACGUUGAUUCUGUUACAGGAGAGAGAUUCAGGUUAUUAUAUCACAGCCAGACUUUAUGCAAAUAAAUGUUAAACAUCUACCUCUGUUUUUUUUUUUUUUUUUUUUUUUUUUUUUUUUUUUUUUUUUUUUUUUUUUU